AUGAGCAACGUUCGGUCAGCAGCGCUUCGGGAAAAUAGACGCGAAAGCGAAGACAUUGAACAGCGUUUUGCUCGGCAGAUGGCAAAUGCAGACCGUGAGCAGAGGCGAUGCCAAAGUGAAAACGAUAAUCAGCGGUCUGCUAGACUACUGUCAAAUGCCCAACGUGGACAAAGGCGGCGUCAAAAUGAGGGUUCUGAGCAAUGUUCUGCAAGACGCCCUGCAAACGCUGAGCGCCAACGAAGGCAACGACAGAAUGAACCAGAUGAACAGCGCGCUGAACGCUUGUGCAACGACUCCGAAAGACAUAUUCGCCGUGAUGCCGCUCCUGGAAUGACAGGUUUAGCACUGCGUUCUCGCAUUACGGAUGUGAACUACCUUGGAGCACUAGAAAACCGCUGUUCAAAUUGUGGAGCGUUGCACUUCGCCUUUCAAGUAAAGCGACAGCAUCCGAACAUCUUUUCUGAUUGCUGCGACCGAGGGCGAUUCAACUUGAAUCUGUUUGAGGAGUUUUCAGAGCAAUUAAAACAGCUCUUUGCACGAGAUAGAGCGGCUCCCACCGACGUGACGCAUCGCCAGCGCAACUUCCUUGAAAAUAUAAGAAACUUCAACUCUGCCCUUGCGAUGGCUUUGAUGGGAGCUCAAGUUCACACAAUUUCUGGAAGAGGGCCGUACUGUCACCGAAUUCACGACCAAAUAUGUCACUGA